AAAACUUAUGAAGUUCGUCUCCGAGCCGGAAAUAAAGCACGCAGGGAGUUGCUUGAAGGAGAGAGAAGACUUUAUUUCCCAGAUCCUGAUACACAAGACGGACAGCUGGUUUCCCCAGGAGUUCCUUCUAUAGGGAAGAUCCUACUACUGUUCCUUGAAAGGUGUGAAGGGAUACCCAACCUCUAGGAAUUCUUAGAAAAGUGCUGAGGCAUCAUGUCACAACCCACUGCUCCUCCAAGCUAUGAAGAUCGAAACCCCCUCUAUCCUCCACCAGCGGGAGGAUAUCCUGGAGCCUAUCCACAACCACCACCCUAUGGUGGUGGGUAUCCACAGACUGGAGGCUACUCCCAACCAGGAGGGUAUCCCCAGCCAGUUCCUCCUAUGCCUACAGUACCAAUGAACUUGGGGGACAGCUAUAUCGUUCAUUCGGGAGAGGAUGGUGCUUUCCAUGUUGCUGAUUGGGAUGAUAAGAAAGUGAGGCAUACCUUCAUCCGCAAGGUAUAUAGCAUUAUCUCAGUGCAGUUGCUUGUGACAGUGGGCAUCAUUUCAAUCUUCACCUUUGUUGAACCUGUGUCAACUUUUGUGCGGCGCAAUAUCGCUAUAUACUAUGCAUCUUAUGGUGUAUUCCUGGUCACUUACCUGGUGCUGGUGUGUUGUGAGGGCCCACGGAGACGUUUUCCGUGGAACCUCAUCCUUCUGUCUAUCUUCACACUGGCUCUGGGAUUCAUGACAGGCACCAUUGCUAGCAUCCACAGUACAAAGGCUGUUGUAAUUGCCAUGACCAUUACAGCAAUUGUGUCCAUUAUCGUAACCAUCUUCUGUUUCCAGACAAAGGUGGAUUUCACAUCCUGUACUGGUUUCUUCUGUGUGCUGAGCAUUGUUGUCAUGGUGACUGGAAUUAUCACAGCCAUAGUCCUGGCCUUCCAAUAUAUAAAGUGGCUCCAUAUGCUAUACGCAGGUAUUGGUGCAAUCGCCUUCACCCUGUUUCUUGCCUAUGAUACCCAAUUGGUGUUGGGCAACAGGAAGCAUACCAUCAGUCCUGAAGAAUACGUCUAUGGAGCCCUCAAGAUCUACACAGAUAUUGUUUAUAUCUUUACCUUCCUCUUGCAGAUUGUGGGCAGCAGAAAUUAGAUGGCUGAAACUAUUUAAGACUUUGACAAUCUUCCCCAGAGAUCAGGAAAUAUAACUUCCUGAUUCUAAUGUACUGUUAUGUGCUUGCCUCUAGCCCAUGCAUAAAAGCUAUGAAAGGAUUCGCAGAGUGGACAGGAAAGCAUAAUGGGGAAUCAUCUAUUGUAUUCAGUGAGAUAUGGGUCCUGAUCUUUCUGUUUUACUUCUCCAUUUGCACAUGUGGCAUUCCCUUCUUUAACUUGUGCCCUGGAUUCAUGAAUGUAGUGUAUAUUACCACUCUGAUAUGACGUAGUCUUUUCAACUUAUCCUUUUAUUUGUAUUUUUGUCAGCCUCUAAGAUGCAGAUGACUCUUCUAAUCAGAAAAUCCACUGCUCCAAGGCUCUAUUACAUAAGUGCAAAUAAAAAUAUAUAUUUUUGAA